AAAGAACCACUUUUAGAAUGUACAAAUGCUCUUUAGGCGCCGCGCCCCGCAAUUUCAGAUCUGAAAGAGAUCUCUCUCAAUUUUCUUCUCUCAUUUCACGACCUGGUUCGAUCCCUUCAUGGACUCUAGCUUGAAAAUGCCGGAAUUGGCUUCUUCUUAUUGAUUUACUGUUUGUCGGAUUCUCAGAAGUGUUAAGAAGAUGAGAAGAAAAGAAGACCCCUUUGAUUCAGGAUCCUGGUAGAAUGAAUGCCCUGUUGAAAUGGAAAGUAAAACUUCUUUAGAUGGGCAGUUUAGAUUAUAUGGCUACAGAAGAUAGAGAGUUUGAAAUAGAUCUUGAAGGUGGUGGUUAUACUAGCGAAGAUGAUUUGAGCAGUGAAACUGACUCAACAUCCAAAACGCAUGCUAGAAAAACUUUUAGCAGGCUUCGAAGCGGGGUUCUGUGUGCUGAUGGAUCUAUAAAUCGAAGUGGUAGCUUUGCUUCCAGUAGUGAUUCCACCAAGCUUGUUAAGCUAGGUGUUGAUGAGAAUGUGCAGUUGUUGAUGGGCAGUUUAGAGGGAGAAAAGAGAAGAGAAUUUGCAGCUCUUGUAGAGAAGAAGAAGAACGUGAAAGAGAAGAUUAAGAAGGGAAAGGUUCACAAGCCACCACGACCCCCACGGGGUCCGUCGUUGGAUGCUGCUGACAGGAUAUUUGUUAAAGAGAUCGCCGAGUUGGCAGUGAAAAAACGUGCCACAGUUGAGCGAAUAAAAGCUUUGAAGAAGAUGAAAGCAGAGAAAACAUCUUCAUCCAACAGCAGCUUACCUGCCUUAUUUAUCACAUUGCUUUUCUUUGUAAUCAUUAUCUUUCAAGGAAUGAGUGCUAUAGGCAGUGUAAGGGUAUCGGAGUCUCCUGUGGCUUCCGGUGGUGGAAGCGCAAGCUUGAUUGUUCAGAAUUUGCCUCAAUCUUCCCCUAACGUUAAUGGAGCUCAAUCCCAUGUUCUCAAUUUUGCAGGAAAUCAAACUUCUGACCCUGCUACCAUAGAAGGGAGGUCAGUGGAAGAGUUGAAGAACCAUUGAAGUUUAGUGUCAAUAAUCUGGUAAAUUAUCGCCAUCUCCUUUAGACUGAAAUUUUCAUGCCAUAUAAUUUGAUUGAAGGCUUCUGAUCGUGUUGGCAUCUGUAAAUAUGGCAAGGCCUCAAACCUUAAAUUCUCUUUUGAUAGGCUUUUCUUGUACAGAGAGAGUUCACAUAAUUUGAUCCAUAAUAUCUUUGCUAUAAUCAAAUUGGCUCGCCCUAGAACUUAGUUAA